GGAGGUUGUGAACGAACAAAGAGCUAGUGUUAGACUGCUAGUGAAGCAGCCAUGCCAUACUCUCUGGAUUGGUCACAUCAACACUGUUACAGCAUUCUCUUGUAGAUCCAAUCCAGAUCAAUCCAGGUUUUCCCGGAAAAUUCGACUUCCACUUUGCCGGAGAAUUUUAAGCUGUCAUUUUCCAUGGCAAAUGCCUGGAAAAGAGACAGACCGCCGAGACUCCUCUCUCCCAGAAUCCUUCUCCUGCUCUUCUCCUCUUCUCUCCUCCUCCUCAUCUUCCUCUUCCUCUCCUCUCGCACCCCUAGUCCUAUCCCUGUCUCCGCUCUCAAGGCCCUAAUCCCCUCGCGCACGAUCCAACCCUUUGAUUGCUUCAAAUGUCCACAGUCCCACCCUGUCAUUGCCAACAUCGUCGAAGGCGUCAAAUACCCAUUUCUUUACUCCCUCUCCGAUUUUGGGACCCUGCCCGACAAGCCCCACAAGAACAUUGUUCGGAUCCUGAAAGGCAAGCCCUUUCGGAAACCCGAUAUAUCUCUGACGGUUCAGGAGAUUUUGGAGAAGAUGAAAGAUCAGGGUAAAAAUGGGUUUGUUGUUGAUGUUGGCGCCAAUGUGGGUAUGGCCACUUUUGCCGCAGCUGUGAUGGGGUUUCGUGUUUUGGCGUUCGAACCGGUAUUUGAGAAUCUGCAGAGGAUUUGCGAUGGCAUUUUCUUUAAUCGCGUUGGGGAGUCGGUUACUGUGUUUGAAGCUGCUGCUUCGGAUCGACUAGGAAAUAUUACAUUUCAUAAGUUGGUUGGUCGGCUUGACAAUAGUGCUGUUUCAGCCACUGGUGCAAAGAUGGCCUUCAAGUCCAAUGAAGAGAUAGAACUUCAAGUAAGGUCCAUCCCUCUUGAUGAGGUUAUCCCAGAGUCAGAGCCUGUGCUUCUGCUCAAAAUUGAUGUUCAAGGCUGGGAGUAUCAUGUACUGAAGGGGGCCACUAAGUUACUGUCAAGAAAGGAAAGUGAAGCCCCAUAUCUAAUCUAUGAGGAAGAUGAGCGAUUGUUGCAAGCUAGCAACAGCAGUGCUAAAGAGAUUAGGGAGUUCCUCCACAGUGUGGGCUACCAUCAUUGCACUCAGCAUGGUACAGAUGCCCACUGCACCAAGAAGGGUUAAUGAACAGAUUUUGCUAGUAUUAUUGCCAUGUGGCCCAGACUGAAUCUAAUAGCAUAACUGCAACUUGUUUCUUAUUCUCUCUUCGAUGCAGUGAGAGGUAUUUGGCUGGCUUGGUAUCACUUUUUGUGGAAAAUGAUCCAAUACAUCAGUGGAAGUUACUAAGGGAACUACCCAUAUAGGAGUCAGUAACUGCAAAAUUAAAGAUGACUAAGCUUUAACUCCAGCUUCCUCACUGUUUGUAGUAAUUAUCUCUAGAAGGGUUCUGAAUAUAAAAGGAAAUCCAUCUUUGGAAGCAGCUGCAUGAUGAAUUGGCUUUUUUGGAGAAUCUUAGUUACCCUUCUUAGUUUCUUUGUUGUAGGUGUUCAUUUUGGUUAUAUUGGUUUGCAACUGUGUCAAAAAGGUACAAUUCUUUAUUCUUCCAUACAUGGAUGCUGGAAUUAACCCAUUGAUAUUUUUAAUGUUUCCACGACAUACUGGAUCAUUCAUAGAUUCUUAAGGCUGUCAGUUGCAUCUAUAUAUUAAUUUUUGUAGAUUCUUGAA